AAAUUCAAAAAACUUGAUAAGAAUGCACAAUUGCUGCUUGCGUAACUCAAUAGAAGACGGAAAUUUGCUUUGAAUAAUUUAAACAUUUCUACCAAUCUAAUCUAAAUUUUAGAAUAGAUUAGAAUUAUGAAUUUCGAAUACGAUCCUAUAUCAUUGGCUCAGUAUGCAAAGUUUUGUAAUUGUAAUUCGCAAGAUUGUAGUUGUGGAGAAAAUAAUGUACAUGAAUGGGCAUGGGACAAGGAAAAUGCUACAUAUACUAUAAUUUUAUCAAAAAAUGAUUUAGAAGUUAAAUUUCAUAAUGGAUAUAGUUAUGGUACAGCAGCUGUGAGAGGUAACAAAAUAUUAGAAAAAGGAAGAUAUCAUUAUUGGGAAAUUAAAAUGCUCACACCUGUUUAUGGAACAGAUAUUAUGGUUGGAGUUGGAACAAGUAAAGUGGAUUUAAAUAAUACAAAACAUGUUUUUUGUUCAUUUCUUGGACUUGACAGAGAAUCUUUUGGUUUUUCUUAUCAAGGAUAUAUACAACAUGGUGGUGAAAAACGUAAAUAUGGUCCUUGUUUUGGGCAAGGUAGUUUAGUGGGUAUAUACUUGGAUACUUGGAGAGGCACUUUAGAAUUUUUCCUUAAUAGAAAAUCAUUAGGUAUUGCUUUUACUGGAUUAAGAGAUUUUAUAUUGUAUCCUAUGGUAUGUUCCACAGCUGCGCAAAGUAAGAUGAGAUUGACUUAUAGUUGUUCUGUACCAGUGUCUUUACAAGUAACUUGCUUGUCUGUAUUAAAAUCAUCACAUAGAGCAUAUUUAUCAACUAUGUUUCCUGGAUUACGAUAUCUUACUCAAAGUAUUUUUGCCGAUAUAUUAAAAACUCAUUCAAAUAGUGAUGAUGAGAAUGAGGAAGAUGAAUUAGAAUUAUAUGAAACAGAUUAUAUGAUUCUAGAUGACUUUGAUUUUGCAUUAGUGGGUAUGAGUCGAAAAAAGAAGAAAAAAUAUACACAUAAUGAUUAUUCUCUCAGACAUGACUUAAAUAGUUUAUAAAAUCUUAUAAUUAUUAGACAAUAAUAUUGUAAAUAUUUGAAUGAAAGGAAAAUUAGAAUUAAAGUUUUUACAUGAUUUUGUACAUUUUUCUAAAUAUAUAAUAUAAUAU